AGUAUGUACCCAGUUCUCACACAUUCCACCUGAUACACUGAUGAUUAAUGAAAAUACUUCGGUGACAUCAAUGGAAAAUAAGUAAACGAAACCUGGUAAGGUUGGUAAAAUGUCUGGUUUCGACGACCCUUUUGGUGAAAAUCCUUUUGCUGAUCCUGCUAUUCAACAAGCGACAAGAGUAACAUCCAAUAUCCAAAAUUCUCUGGAAGAUUAUAAUCCAUUUGAACAAGAAAAUACUAAGCCGCAACUGCAGAUAAACUCUGGUAACAAUGCUGCUGUGGUUCAGCCCUUAUCGCAAAACGCCCCCCCAAACGCUGCUCCAAGUACAAGUAUCCAAAUAACAACUGAAGAAUUGCAGGUAAUAUUAUCUCUAUCUUAAAAAUGUUUUUAAUUU